CCGCGGGGGCCGGGGAAGGAGGUCGCGGGAGUGCCGGCCUGGCCGCGCCGCGGCACACCCUACCACUGCACCUUCCUGUUUUGCAAAUCAUUCCCGGUGGUACCAGUUUGAGGCUGCACUACACACCUACCUGCACAACCUGUCUUCUCCUGAGUUUUUCCACGACAUUUCCGAAAGCCUGAAUUCCCAGGAAGCCUCAGUGGCCUUUAUCCCUGUUGGCGAUACACGCUAUGCCUCAUGGCGGGACUGCGCCUUGCAUGGGAUCCGGAGUUCUGCAGAAGAUAAAAACAAAAGCAGAGACCACAACCUGCUUCUGGCUCUACCACCUCCUCACGCCACAGCAACAUCCUCAGAGUCUCAGCGAGCUGCGCCCAGCGCGGGCACAGAGCCUCCCACUGCCAGUAACCUGCGGCCAGGGAGAAGAGCCAGCGCAGUGACAGCGCCUCACCGCCACCAGUCCCCAGACCACCAUGGCCAAGAACCGCAGGGACAGAAACAGUUGGGGUGGGUUUUCAGAAAAGACAUAUGAAUGGAGCUCAGAAGAGGAGGAGCCAGUGAAAAAGGCAGGACCAGUACAAGUCCUCAUUGUCAAAGAUGACCAUUCCUUUGAGUUAGAUGAAACUGCACUAAAUCGGAUUCUUCUCUCGGAGGCUGUCAGGGACAAGGAGGUUGUUGCUGUAUCUGUUGCUGGAGCAUUCAGAAAAGGAAAAUCAUUCCUGAUGGACUUCAUGUUGAGAUACAUGUACAACCAGGAAUCAGUCGACUGGGUUGGAGAUUACAAUGAACCAUUGACUGGUUUUUCAUGGAGAGGUGGGUCUGAACGAGAGACCACAGGAAUCCAAAUAUGGAGUGAAGUCUUCCUUAUCAAUAAACCUGACGGCAAGAAGGUUGCAGUGCUAUUGAUGGAUACUCAGGGAACCUUUGAUAGUCAGUCAACUUUGAGAGAUUCAGCCACAGUAUUUGCACUCAGCACAAUGAUCAGCUCAAUACAGGUAUAUAACUUAUCCCAGAAUGUCCAGGAGGAUGAUCUUCAGCACCUCCAGCUUUUCACUGAGUAUGGCAGACUGGCAAUGGAGGAAAUAUUCCUGAAACCAUUUCAGAGUCUGAUAUUUCUUGUUCGGGAUUGGAGUUUCCCAUACGAAUUUUCAUACGGAGCUGAAGGUGGCUCCAAAUUCUUGGAAAAACGCCUCAAGGUCUCAGGGAACCAGCAUGAAGAACUACAGAAUGUUCGAAAACACAUCCAUUCCUGUUUCACCAAAAUUUCCUGUUUUCUGCUACCUCAUCCUGGCUUAAAAGUAGCUACCAAUCCAAACUUUGAUGGAAAACUAAAAGAAAUAGAUGAUGAAUUCAUCAAAAACUUGAAAAUACUCAUUCCUUGGCUACUUAGUCCUGAGAGCCUAGAUAUUAAAGAGAUCAAUGGGAACAAAAUCACCUGCCGAGGUCUGGUGGAGUACUUCAAGGCUUAUAUAAAGAUCUAUCAAGGUGAAGAAUUACCACAUCCCAAAUCCAUGUUACAGGCCACAGCAGAAGCUAACAAUUUAGCGGCCGUGGCAACUGCCAAGGAUACAUACAACAAAAAGAUGGAAGAGAUUUGUGGUGGUGACAAACCAUUUCUGGCACCUAAUGACCUACAGACCAAACAUUUGGAGCUCAAGGAGGAAUCUGUGAAGCUAUUCCGAGGGGUGAAGAAAAUGGGUGGGGAGGAAUUUAGCCGUCGUUACCUGCAACAGCUGGAGAGUGAAAUAGAUGAACUUUACAUCCAGUAUAUCAAGCACAAUGAUAGCAAAAAUAUUUUCCAUGCAGCUCGUACCCCAGCCACACUGUUUGUUGUCAUCUUUAUCACUUAUGUGAUUGCUGGUGUGACUGGAUUCAUUGGUUUGGACAUCAUAGCUAGCCUAUGCAAUAUGAUAAUGGGACUGACUCUUAUCACCCUCUGCACCUGGGCAUAUAUCCGGUACUCCGGAGAAUACCGAGAGCUGGGAGCUGUAAUAGACCAGGUGGCUGCAGCCUUGUGGGACCAGGGAAGUACAAAUGAGGCUUUAUACAAGCUUUACAGUGCAGCAGCAACCCACAGACAUCUGUAUCAUCAAGCUUUUCCUGCGCCAAAGUCAGAAUCUACUGAACAAUCAGAAAAGAAGAAAAUUUAAUCCAGAUUUUUAGAAGUACAGGUGCAUGACCAGUUGUCAGUUAAAUAUUCAGUUUUAUGUCUCCAUGCAAACAUUCAAAGUGCUUCUAUCAGGACAGAGUAAAAUACCAAGAUCCUCUGAAAACUUCAAAAAGGUUUAGUUCUUUUACUUCAGUGUUUAAUAAGCAGAUGUAUUUAUGCAUGGUUAUAUCAUUUUGUUAACAUGUACAGUUUCUUAAUUUGGUCUUCGAAUAUGCUGUUAUAAUUUAAAGUGUCUAUUUAUGAUGACAGUA